CCCCCCAACCCCCAACCCCCCUUUUCCCCGGGCUUUCCACCUGGCCCGGUAGCUCCUCGUUUAACCGGAGCACCAUCGGCCCGGCUUUUUGGACAGCUCCGGGGGCGCACGGAGCUGGCUGGCUUCGUCUCUGCUCGGUUAGGGUUUUGUUUUUUUUUGGGGGGGGGGAAAUACCCGGUGGGUAUAAGGAGCCCAUCUGCUGCGGCGGCUUGGAAAGCCGGGAGAAGGCGACCCCCGCGCCGGGUAAGAAACCUUCCCAGGCUGUCUGUGGCGUUUGGCCCUAUGAAAAGAAUACAAUGACGGAAGUUCAGAUUGACAAUUCCUGCCUGCCACCAGUCCAGGAAGUUUGCCGAGACUUCGCUGUCCUAGAAGAUGGUGCGUUGGCCUAUUGUCUACAAGAGCAAGAGAUCGAGCUGCACUACGCUUCCAAUAUCCAGAAGAACCAGCUGGUCCAGAAUGACCUCCGCAUGGCCAAGAGACUUCAAAACCAGGAGGUGGAAGCCCAGAAGCUCCAGGACAACAGGCCACCACUGAAAGAAAGCCCAGAGGGAGAUCCUAAAAACGCCCAGGUGACCCAGAAAGAUCUUCAGGUGAAACCAGGAAAAGCUGAUCGGAAGAAGAAGUCAAAAGAAGAGGAGAGAGUCAAGCGGUUCCAGAACCUGGAAAAGGACGAGAGCGGCCAGCCAAAGCAACGGCCCUCGCGUGGGACAAGAGAUGGCAUCCCUGAAGCCCUGCAUUGGGAGAUGGCCAGGCUGGAGCUCCAGAUCCAACAGCAGUUCCAGGAAGACGAGGAACUGGCUCGGAAGCUGCAAGAGGAGGAAGAAGAGGAGGAGACCCGUAUCAGAGCCAAGAGGAACCGGGAGCAAGAUGACGAUUACCGGGCGGCUCAAGUAGCACAGGAUGAGGAAAUUGCACGCUACCUGCAAGACAAGGAACUCCACACCCAGUGGGGCUCCCCACGCCAGGAAAGGCAGGAGGCUGAGCCCCCCAGGCGCCCCGAGGGACAAGAGAAGGACUCCUGGCCGAGUGGCAGAAGUCCAGCCCUGCUGAGGAUCCAGAUCCAGGAGGACCCCCAUGGGACGAUGAAAGGAACAACCCCGGUUGACAAGAAGCCACAGUUUUGCCGAAAUAUCGCUGAAGUUCUGGAUCCAACUUUUCAAGCUGCUAAAAUGGGAACGCCUUCUGAUGUGAUGGAUCUGGGUUCAAAAGCACCCAGCCCAGGACCCCUGGCCCAGACGGACAGCUCCUUUGACUACCCGCAGGGGAUGGCAGCCCCCGUCUUUGUCUCCCCGACCAAACGACAGCCAGACAAGGUGGGCUGCCCGAAAUCCAGCAACAAAAAGGAAGGCUGCCGACAGCAGUGAGGCAGCUGCCCAAAAGCUCCACGUCGGUUCUGGUUUUCUUUUCUUUUUUUUUUCCCUCCCAACUUUUCAUUGACCGUCUUGGCUGGAUUGAUAUCUCAGCUGUCAACAGGAUGUCUGAGUUUUAAAGCUGCUUCCUCUUAUUUCGA